AACGAUCUUCAUACUGUUCGUAUUGUUACUCCCAAUAGUUCACAUUGGUAGUACGGAAGUGCAUCCUCGAGUCGUAGAUGGGCAUUUAGCCAAGCCAGGAUACAAGUGGGCCAUUGCCGCCGGAUGGAAUAGAAGGGAUCUUUCCAAACCCGAACAUUUGAUGUGGACUGAAGUAGAGAUCGCCAGCGAUUUGGAGUGCCAAAGAACGUACAACUCCAAUGGGGAGGUAAUCUGUGGCCGUGUCAAUCCAGGAUCAUCCAUUUGCAGAGGCGAUUCAGGGGGACCUUUGGUGCAUCUGGAGAAACGGACUCUCAUUGGAGUUAGCUCAUUUGUGUUUGAAGGCCCUUGUGACAAAGGUCAGCUUGUUGGCUUUGUCAAUGUGGUCAACUAUCUGCCCUGGAUAUAUGAGGUUUCCGGGGUGAAGCCUAUUAAUUAGCAGAGUUAAUGCUUAUUUUGUAUACAUUUUCAUUUCCACAAUAAAAACCUCUAUCUGAAAGCAUUACAAAAGUAAA